AUGUGCACAACAUCACAUACCCAGGAGACCAUUCUCCGAACUUGUUCUUACCAUCGAAGCCGAUAUUAUUUCCCGCUACUCACAACAAACCCCAGCAAGGCUCCUGAUACAUUGUUCGAGUGCUUGUUAACCACAUCGUCUUUAGCCCGGGCAGAUUCGAACAAUCCGGGAGCAAUUUGCAAGUUGCCCCCAGAGAUUAUUUCCAGGAUCUCAAUGCUGCUCGACGUCAAGUCGUUUCAUUCUUUUCGCAAUGCCAACUGCCAAACACGUACCAUGUUGACUGCGAUCCCUCAAUAUCGACAAGUCGUACAGUACGGCGCCGAAGGCAUCAAGGCACUUGCCCGAACAGGUCUGAGUGAUGAUAUCACGUACAAAGACCUCCACAAUGCUCUAAUUAAUGGAGAGUGCGCAAUGUGUGGAGAGUUCGGAGGCCUCUUAUUCCUCCCGACCUGUACUCGCUGCUGCUACAGUUGCCUUCGUGAAAAGCCAGAGCUAGCUGUUGUGGGGGGCGAUGACGUUUAUCAGCUCGGUAUACUUGGGGCAAAAAUGUUCAGCACAUCGGGUUGUCGCUAUCUGAAAAUCCAAAACUGGGCUCAACCCACGAUGAUGCUGGACAAGACUAUAGGUAUACCGGCUGUAGACAUAUGCCAAGCGAUUCGAUUUCUUGGCUCUAUCCAAGGAAAUUUCGGAACCGCCCUUCAUCGAGGCUGGCUGCACUAUCGUUCGGCAGCAUGCAUUAUGUACCCUACUCUGGACCGAUACACAAUGACAGUCGAGCGUGGAGUAAGUUGCAAGGGGUGCGAGAAAGCAUUCGUCACGAAUCGUUUCGAGGCUAAUGGCCAGGGCUGGACAAUCCCUGACAUCCCCUCGAGUUACGUCGGCCGCGAUAUAUCAUUUUCUACCAUCGGUUUCCUGAAGCACUUUGAGUUUUGCGAGCAUGCUCAGAAGAUCUGGGAGAAUAGUGAGUACGGAUCAAAGGACACAAAAGAUUCGAAGACCAUACAGAAUGGAGGACGGCAUCUCGGGCGAACGGGUAUGUCCGCGUACAUGCACUGGCAUAGAGACAGGUCGAGUGCUUUGCUUGAGAUUAUAUCUUCAUGGAUAUGUUUUGGUGUCCAAAUGGAAAGUGAUGAAGAUGAGAUAAUGACUUAG